GAAGACCUUUGAAGACUAUAUCGAGACCUGUCUGCAAGCUACCAACAUCAUUUCUCCGGUCGAUUUUCAAGCGCUUGCUGAUGUGGACCAGGACGUGGUCAUCGAUAUUUUAGAGGCUGCUGUCAUCAACUUGAACGUGUCCUUCAUGUGUGUGCCGGUUGCCAUAUGUGACUGCUGGGACGCUGUUUUUGAACUUUUCCGUGCCGUGGAAAGACAGCUUGGGCAGGAUUCUCACUACAUGCACUACCUGAGAAUUACAGCAAUUGAAGUCCUCAUGACACAACUGCCUUCGAACCUGGUCUUUUCGUGGUCCGAUUCAGUACUGGAUCUUUCAGCUAUUCAGGCCGCCCUCGAAGCGGAGUACUCUUGCCCGUUAGUGCCGAAUCUCGAUAUCACAAGGACUCCUUCGCCGUCUCUAUCAAGUUCUCCACUUUCCUCUUUGCGCAACUUUACACCAUCGCCUUCAGAAAUGACCAUGGAUCCAGCUGAUGCUUAUAACGAAUCGCCCUUGACUCCAGAACAUCCUGAAGAAGUAACGUCGUCUCCAAUUGGAGCUUCUCACGCCUUGGACAAGUACCCAUCAAGGAUGGAUAUGAAAUCUUUGCUGGCACCUCCUGCUGUUCCGGAUGCCAUAGCGACACCCACCCCGAAUGAUACAGGACAGCUUCGUGCAAAUUCUCUCUGCCUCCAGCUCUUUCCCGCUCAAAAUGUACAACAUAGUACUUCCCUCGCUGAAGAUAUCGCUCCCUUGGAUAUUUCGCAGGUUCCCGCUGCCUGUGACGACGAUCUGGAGAAGAAGGAAAAGAAGAAUCAGUCACGGAAGCUUUCUCGUGUCACAAUGGAAACUCGGAGUCGCAGGAAGAGGGCUGUUUCGAUGCGGGAAGAUAAAGAGAACCUGGACCUGGACAUUAUUCUGUAAACAAGGCGACGAUGCGUAUGCCGUCUCCUGCAACUGUUGCC